UACCAACUGAAUAGUUUGCUUUGCAAACCCUUCACUCAGGGAAAGUGGUCAGAAAGGAAGCCUAAUGUUCCCGCCAAUUAGAUGUAAAUUGUUAUGAUACCAUUUCCUGGAUGUUGUAAGAACUCUCCUACCACCAUCAUUCCACUCAGAUAACAAGAGGGAGACUGAGUAGGCUGAGAGAGGGAUCUAGAUCAGGGACCCCUCUGAAAAGAUGCCGCCACCACCCCCGCCGCCCCCGCCGGGGCCCCCUCCCCCACCCACCCUGAGCCAGGCCAACACAGCCAAGCCCAACCUCUCCAAGAACGCGCAGAAAUCCAGAGGGGCGCUUCUUGGGGACAUUCACAAAGGAAUGAAACUCAAAAAGACAGUUACAGUCGACAAAAGCAAACCUGUGCUAGGUGCAUCAAAACCUAGUGGAGGAGGCGGUGGAGGUGGGGGAGGAGGAGGAGGAGGAGGAGGAGGAGGGGGAGGAGGAGGAGGAUUUGGAGGAGGAGGAGGAGGUGGUGGUCUUGGAGGUUUAUUUGCAGGAGGAAUGCCCAAAUUGAAGCCAUCAGGAAUGAGAGGAGGAGGAGGCGGCGGCAGUUCAGCACACUCAAACGCACCUUCAUUACAUGCACCUUCAUCAAACCAUGUCAAUCAUAGCAACAGGGGCCCAUCUACGUCACCUCAACCCCCAAGACACAAUUUUGGUCAUAGUGGUGGAACAAGAGACAACAAGCCAAGCGGCGGACCACCCACGUCACGCCCGUUACCCCCUCCCGUUGGGGGCUCACGGCCACUGCCCAGCCAACCAAAGAACACUCACAAUCCAGUGUCAGCCAGAAUAAGUAAUAAAGGCAGCAGUAAUGGGCACGGGGCAGACCGGGCACCACCCCCUCCACCUCCAAAUAGCAGUAGACCUCCAAGACCCCCUUCCACAAGUUUCCCCCUUCCACCUCCAUCAUUAUCAUCCUCAAAACCCUCAAAUAAUAAUUUUCCACCACCCCCUCCCCCUUCGACUAUACCUUCGAGGAAUAGUAGAGCGCCCCCGCCCCCUAAGAGAGAUCCCCCUAAAGGGUCGACGGCCCCGCCCCCACCCCCUCAGGCGAGGCUCGAUCAUAAACUCUCCAAUGGUCCAAAUACAGGUCCACCACCGCCACCGCCUUCAAGGCCGCCCCACGGUGGCAGGCCGCCCCCACCCCCAAGAGACAGUGCCAGGCCGGGGAAUGCGCCACCACCACCUCCGCCUUCCAGAAGUCAGGGCCGGCCUCCGUCAACGUCAAAUUUAUCGUCGAGGGCUCCACCACCGCCGCCAAACAGAACAUCAACCGGUCUAGGUAGUGGCCCUCCCCCACCAUCCAGGGAUAGAGGACAGAGACCGCCAUCAAUAGUGGGUUCAGGACCGCCACCACCACCACCAUCCAGAACACCAAGAAGUCCCCCUGCAAGGGAUUCAGGAAUAAUGAAUGGAACUGGUAAGUAAAUCCUUUUAUUUAUCUUUUGCUAGAACAGGUUACGUUAUCCAUAUUUUUUUAAAUACAAAAUACUCAGUUCAGAGCAGACCUAACAUAUUGGGAAGUUUAUCACAUGAACGUAUUGCAGCAAUUUGCAAGCCAAUUACACAAAGUUUUAUUGGGUAUGCCUGCCUACUUUACAUGUACAAAUGUCUCGGUGUGAGCAAACUUUCAGCCAAAUACACAAAGAUGUUACUGUUGAAUAUCAUGCGAAUGGCAUAAAGGCGAGAACAUUUUUCUUCUUUCAUUGUCACUUUGAAGCAAUUUAUAAUUCUCUGUUUCAAUACUACACCCAAAUCUUUCAAUAGUUGACCUCGGCACCUUGUCAAAUGUCAAAUAUCCGAAUUUCGUCACAGACAAAACAAUGGAGAAUGCAGAAAAGGUGAAGGUCUAGGGAUACAGGUUGUAGCGCAUUUGUAUCAGGAUUCCUGCAUAAAGACACUGCACAGACUUUUGACUCAGUGCCUUUAAAGGAAACCAAAACCCAAGAAGAGAAGCAAUUUUAUUGAAAAGAGUGAAAUGAGAGGAACAAUUUAAAACAAGUUUCAUCAAAAUCGGUAAUAAAAUAAGCAAGUUAUGGAGUUUUAAAAAGUCUUGCUGUACAUUCUAUGUGGAUCUCCAAAUUGGCAAACAUGCUUCAUAAUGGCAGAUUUUGUGGACAACUCUCAAUUUGUUUUGUACACAAAUUUUCAGUUUUUCCCCAUCAUCUAUCUUUCAAAUUGCAUCUUGAAUCCUGAAAAUAACAUAUGUCAUGGAAAAUAUAAUUCACACCACACAUCUCAAGGUCAGGAAGAGAUAAUGUGAAAUAUGUAAACUGAAGGGGAAAAUCUGAAAAUUUGUGUACAAAACUAAUGGAGAGUUAUCCACAAAAUCAGCCAUUUUGAAGCAUGUUUGCCAAUUUGAGGAUCCCCAUAGAAAAUACAACAAGACUUUUCAAACUUCCAUAACUCGCUUUGUAUUUUGAUUUCCUUUAAAUACAGGAGAAUGAUGAGAUACAUGUUUAUAUUACAAAAAAUAUCAAAUACAUGCAGAAUGAAGCCAUAUGAUAUCCACCAUGAUAACAUUUUGAUGUGAAAAAGAAAGAAAAAUCAAACAAGCAUAGUACAGUCUGUUCCAUCACUCUGCCGUUGGGUUUGACUUGGGCUAUACAGUCCUUUUUAAAAACAGGGUAAUCCUUUCAGAGCCAAGAGGCCUGCUUUUCAAAAGAGCCCUGUUUUAUAAAUAUAUUCCAUACAAAUGAGAACUUAUAAUGUACAAAACCAUAGAGAUAGAACUACACAAAAUAAUACAACACAUAUUAAACUAAAUAAGCCAGUUCGUCGUUCCACUCUGCGCAUGAUCAGAAGAUUCUGCGCAUGAUCAUAGGAAGGUCAUUUGUACUAAAGUGACAUGGUGGUUUAACAUUUUAAUGAGAUAAGCACCAAAUUUGAUGUCUUGAUUAUUCUUAUAUUCUUUUGAAUUGUGUUUUUAAUUCACAUCCACAAAAAAAAUGCGUCCACGAAUGACUAGUAUAUUUCACAGUUUGCCAAGUACAUUGUACAGCAUCCUCUAGUAUGCAUUCAAAGUAGAAAUGCAACAAAUACCUUCAUAGAGUGUUCAUUUAUGUGCUAUUCUAGUCACCUGGUCUAUUCAAUUUCUUCAUCCCGCUAUGUAAGGCAUGCAUACGUAAUAUCUUGCUUUGAAAUCUGCCUAUCAUAAUGAAAGAAAUGAAAGGUCAUUUGACCAAAAUUGUCCAUGAGUAACUACGAACUGGUCUAUUGAACUAAAAUGAACUAAACUGAACUAAACUAAACUAAACUAAAAAACUUAGCUAAAAGCAUAACAAAACAAGACAUGAAAAAGGAAAAGGAAACCGGUAACCAGCACGACAUAAAAAGUUUGACUUCUAUUAGUACGAUUAAAACAGAAAAUGAACCAGCAAUUUCCUGCAUUAUUUUAACAAUGACAGGUUGAUUGUGUGUAUUUGGGUCUUAAAAGAAUUGAGUGUAGUUGCCGUACAAAUAUAGGUUGGUAGUUUGUUGUAGAUACUGGGGG